CCAGAAGAUGGCGGUAGCGCAAAACUACUGACGCUAGCUGCCGUUAAACUGCAGACAAGUAGAAGAAGAAGAAGAAAAAGGCUGUUACGAUCUGCUUAAAAUAAACACAAAGAAGAAGGAAUAAUAUGGAGUAGUUUUGAGAGGAUGCAAUUUAAUGAAUUGCAAGAGUAGUCCCCAAACAUCGUAAAGAACUGCGCGGCAGUGUGGUGUUAGAAAUAUGAAGGAAACAACUGCUAUGACUCUAUUCACUGCAUUCUCCUUUUAGCUAACACUGAGCUAACGUUAGCUAGCAGCCACCCGGUGGGGGCUAACCGUCACAUCCCCUCAUAUUUUCACCGUAAGACGAGGCGACAUUCAUCAACUAACGACUGUUUUUUUAUUAAGACCAAAAGCUCCCCCUGUCCUCAUGGCCUCGUCAGAGGUCAGCAUGCAAGACGUGAGCGAGGUCGUGAUCGUCACCAUACCGGAGACGGUGGGAGAGGACCUCCCCUCUGUGGUGGAGGAGGACAAGGUGGUGCUGGUGACUGCAAAGCUGACCCCUCAGCUAGGGGAGGACGUCCUCACGGUGGCACAGGUGGAGUCAGAAGCUGAUUCACUGUCGAGGGAAGAGGCAGUCAUCGUGAAGCUAACCGAGGAGGUGGACGUGGAGGCCGACGUCUUCUACCCGAUCACCUGCGGCGAUGCCAAAGCCACACUGGUGUGGAAGAAGUUUGUCUGCCCCGGGAUCAACGUGAAAUGCGUCCAGUUCAAUGAGCAGCUCAUCAGCCCAAAGGAGUUUGUGUGCUUAGCGGGGAAAUCCACCCUGAAGGACUGGAAGAGAGCUAUCCGUCUCAACGGCACCAUGCUCAGGAAGAUCAUGGACUCGAGUGAGCUGGACUUCUACCAGCACACAAAGGUCUGCUCCAACACGUGCCGCAGCACUAAGAUCGACCUGGUGGGAACCAAAGUGUCCAUCGGCGGAGAUCAGCCUGCGGAGCUGCUUCCUGCCACGCCCUCAUCGGCCGAUUUGAAUGGAGCAGUCGUCUCGUUUCCAGACGUGGCGGAGGAAACAUCAGAGUGGGUCACAGCCAUCGGAGAGGACUCUGUGGCAUUCUGGCGCACGGUGAAGGAAGCUGGACUGCUGGAGGAGGUGGUGGAGGACUUCCAGAAGGAGCUGCAGGAGGUGCUGAAGGGGUUGCAGGAGAGAGUGUGUGACCCACCACUUCAGGUCAAAGAUGCUGUUUUGCUCAACAACAUCGUGCAGAACUUCGGGAUGUUGGACCUAGUGAAGAAGGUUCUGGCCAGUCACAAGAGCCAGAUGGACCGCUACAGAGAGCAGUACACUCGCAGCCUCGCCGCUCUGGAGCAGCAGUGCGACGAGCACAGGAAGCAGGCCAAGGAGCUGAAGAGCAAAUCCCAGCACCUCAACAACGUCCUGAUGACCCUCACCCCGGUCCCCGCGCCCCCAGCGCCCAAGCGCCCGCGGCUGACCCGCGCCGUCUCGGGCCCGGCCUCAGUCAACGCCACCCAGAUCACGCUGCCACUCAGCCAGCUGACGGGCCUGCAGCUCGGCAAGAUGCUGACCGUGGCGGGGGCCUCGCCCGGCACCAACCUGGGCGGCUACACCUUCCUGACCUCCUCGCUCUCCGGGUCCGAGCUGGGGGCCGACGCCUCCAACCUGACCGUGCUGUCCGCGGCGGCGGGUCAGGAGGGCGGCUUCAAGGUGGUCGGCCCCCAGUUCCAGCUGGUGACUCUGCAGGCCGCGCUGCAGAGCUUGGCCGCCGCGCAGCAGCCGGUUGGCACCAUCAGCGUGGUGGACGUCACGGCGACCGCUGAUGAGUCUCAAGAGGAAGGCCAGGCAGACGGCGAUGAGGAGAGGCAGCCGGAGCAGGAGGACAGGGAGCAGCAGUGAGACAGACGACAGCUGUCCUCUCCCCAGUCCCCCAGCUCCUUAGCCACCUUCAUUUCAAUAUUUUGGACGCUGGACUGAUCGUGCGAUGGAUGGAGGGAUCGUCCACAUUUUGACUUUUUCACAUCAGCUCAUGCACGGUCUUCACUUGUCACUUAACACACGAGCCUUCCUUGUAGGUGUACGUCAAUUUUCAAGAUACCUAGAUUUCUAUCGUGGCAUCUGGUGUGAGUGGUGUGUGAUGUGACUGUAAAUAUGUAUUGGUAACUAAUAUAUUUGAUACAGCUCUUUCUGUAGGGAUUUAUUCCACAUAGGCUGGAGUAACAAACAGUGUUGUUUAGUUUGAUAAUAAACGCUCACUUUUCAAGAA